UAUUCGGGCGUGAAACCCAAGAAUCUGACUCCGUUGGAUCCCCCACCACGGCCGAAGGCUCGUCCGACUGUCUUGGAUAAACGGAAGCAAGAGACGAGAAGUAGGGUUUCGCUGCCGCAGUGUAAUGAGAAAAAGAGGGCAACGAGAGUGCUUGAGAAGAGAGAGCACCAGUUGUUGAUCCCUAGUGUAUGCAGCUGCUCAUCCCCGUGCACAAUUAGCUUCCAGGGCAGCACACACAUUUCAAGCCAGCAUAAGAGGAAGCUGAGAUGUCUUGCUCCGAGUCCUGUCAAUGACCAAAUGUUUGUCACAAGUGCUUUGGAUGGAGUUGUGAACUUGUGGGAACUGCAGUCUGAAGGGCAUAGCGCAUCAUUAUUAAGCACAACUGAUUGUAUGUCCCUAAAGCAAAGGAGAUGGCCUGAAGAUAUUACAUGGCACCCUGAUGGAGAUAGCCUAUUUGCUGUGUACAGUGCUGAUGGUGGCGAUUCUCAGAUAUCAAUUUUGAAUCUGAAGCAUUCAGGAGAUAAAAAAGUUGUUUUCUUGGAAGAAAAGCCUCAUCUCAAGGGUAUUAUCAAUAGUAUAACUUUCAUGCCAUGGGUAGAUCUAUGCUUUGCUACUGGUGGGUGCGAUCAUGCAGUAAUACUUUGGAAUGAGAAGGAAAAUUCAUGGAAACCAAAGACCUUACAUAGAAACCAGCAUUCUUCUGCAGUUAUGGGAGUCGCUGGAUUGCAGCGAAACAAGGUUAUAUUGUCUGUUGGUGCAGAUAAAAGGAUUGUUGGGUUUGACUUGUUGGCUGAAACAGCUGAAUUCAAACAUCAGAUUGAUACCAAAUGCAUGAGUGUGCUACCAAACCCGUCGGAUUUCAAUAUGUUCAUGGUGCAAACAGGGCAACAAGGCAAACAGCUCCGGUUGUAUGAUUAUAGAGUCAGGCAAAAUACCGAGAUUCACGCUUUUGGAUGGAAGCAGAGCAGUGAGUCUCAAUCUGCCUUGAUCAGUCAGGCUUGGUCUCCUGAUGGCCUUUAUUUAUCUUCGGGAUCAGCUGACCCCAUCAUCCAUAUUUUUGACAUCAGAUAUAAUGGUUCGAAUCCCUCGCAGUCAGUGCAAGCACACCAGAGACGAGUUUUUAAAGCUGUGUGGCAUCGUUCAGUCCCAAUUCUCACGUCUAUAUCAUCUGAUCUUAACAUUGGAUUACACAGAAUAAGCUAAUGGGUUAUGUAAACCAGCUAAAAGGGUUAUGUACCUUUGGGGCUAUUUGUUCUUUCUAUUUCCUUUUGGAGAUUUUUGAAAUUUCUUUUCAGGAAGGGCCAUACGAGCGUAACUUUGUUUCACCCCCUAGUGAUUGAGUUUUCUGACAUAUGGAGCUGGUUCUGAAGUUGCAAGGGAGAAAGUUUUGGUGCUAGAGAGGUUGUAGGUUUUAGCUAUCAGUUAACUGUCAAUGUAUUUAUCGAGAACGAUGUUUGUAUAUGUGUAUACCGUAUCCACUCAUUAUUGCAGGCAGAGUGUGCAAAUUGCUUUAAAUUUGCCUCAAUGACUAUAAAGAACAGUAAAUACAGAACUUUCGAUCUUUGAGAACAAUGAUAUAGUUGUGGUAGUGAACUCGUUUGUUA